CUGUCCCGAAACGGAGAAUUUAGACUUCGGUGUACAGUUCUACGACAGAUUGCUGCAGAUCUUUUAGGGUGAAUGAUCGGUAUCGUGUUGAUGGUUCGUUACGGCGGUGGGGGCGAUUACAACGCUUUUUGUCAAGCUGUGAAGGUUUUUUUUGCGUUUAGCAAUUGGGAGAACGAGAAGUGUAUGCUCCGCUGCGAACGCUGUGUGAGUCAUUUGAGUACGAGACAUUUUUCCGUACCCGGAAAAAUAUGAUCUGGAACGCCCGCGUACUUUACUUGAUGGCGUAAUUGAAUUGGUGUACAGUAGUGAAGAACCUGGAAGAUUCAAGGACUGCCCAGACACAAUAACAAUCAAGUGCGUGCCUCGCACGAUGACGGCUGUUACCCAGGAUGAAAUCGUCCAAAAGACGAAAACCGUCUUGCAAGGCUUAGAAGCAUUGAGGGCGGAGCAUACCUCGAUUCUUCAAAGCCUGGAGCCUUUACGAAAUGCCUCCCAGAUGGACAGUAAUACUCCUGUUAAUCCCCUGAUGCAAGAAAAAGCUUCGUUAAUACAAAAAUCCCUCGAUAUGAUUAAGCUGGGACUCGGCGAAGCCCAGAUCAUGGUUGCCUUGUCGUCCCAUCUGAGCGUGCUUGAAGCUGAGAAACAGAAACUGCGAGCCCAAGUGCGAAGACUGUGGCAGGAGAACGCGUGGCUGCGAGACGAGCUGGCCGCAACGCAACAAAAGCUGCAAGUUUCCGAGCAAACCGUCGCCCAGCUCGAGGAAGACAACAAGCAAUUAAGUUUCUUGAACUCAAUAAAGAAGUACGAGAUGGAUCCAAGUGGGGCACCAGCUGGUGACGACACUUCCAUGACAGAAAGCGGCAUUCAGGAGCACAAAUCAGAAGACCCCGUCGUUAACCUCUUCCCUGACGAAGAUGAUGACGACAAUCAAAGUCAGGUUAAAUACGUUACACAUCAAGAGAUUGGGUUAGCGAUGGGUUGGGUCAGAUUGAAUCAGUUAGAUGCGCCGUGUUGGGUUACCUCAGUAGAGUUAGCGAUAUCACCGACACCGCCGAACCAGUUUGCCGCGCAAGUGAACGCUGGCUACGAGAUCCCAGCCCGGUUGCGAACGCUGCACAACCUGGUGAUCCAGUAUGCCACGCAAGGCCGUUACGAAGUCGCCGUCCCACUCUGCAAACAAGCCCUGGAAGACUUGGAGAAGACGUCGGGACACGAUCAUCCAGACGUGGCCACGAUGCUCAAUAUCCUUGCUCUCGUUUACCGCGACCAGAACAAGUACAAAGAGGCCGCGCAUUUACUCAACGACGCCCUGAACAUCCGAGAGAAGACGUUGGGCGAGAAUCAUCCCGCCGUCGCGGCGACGCUGAACAACCUCGCCGUCUUGUACGGGAAGCGUGGCAAGUAUAAGGAGGCCGAGCCCUUGUGCAAACGGGCGCUGGAAAUUCGGGAGAAGGUCUUGGGCGAGGAUCAUCCGGACGUCGCGAAACAACUCAACAACCUCGCCUUGCUCUGUCAAAACCAAGGAAAAUAUGAAGAAGUGGAGCGGUAUUACCAACGGGCUUUGAAGAUAUAUGAAGACAAGCUCGGACCGGACGAUCCAAAUGUCGCGAAAACCAAGAAUAAUUUGGCCUCGUGUUUCUUGAAGCAGCAGAAAUAUAAAGAAGCUGAAGUGCUGUACAAGCAGGUACUCACUCGUGCCCACGAGCGAGAAUUCGGAUCAAUCGAUGGGAACAACAAGCCGAUUUGGCAAGUGGCCGAGGAGCGAGAAGAGAGCAAGACGAAGAAUCGGGACUCGGGCAGCAACCCGAACGUGAGUGCGGCAGGCACGGGUCCUUACGGCGAGUACGGCGGCUGGCACAAGGUCGCCAAAGUCGACUCGCCCACCGUCACGACAACGCUGAAGAACCUGGGCUCCCUUUACCGCCGCCUCGGCAAGUACGAGGCGGCCGAGACGCUGGAGGACUGCGCCAUNAGUUACGUGAAACCUGACUCCGUCCGUCCUUUUCGCACAGGGAACAACAAGCCGAUUUGGCAAGUGGCCGAGGAGCGAGAAGAGAGCAAGACGAAGAAUCGGGACUCGGGCAGCAACCCGAACGUGAGUGCGGCAGGCACGGGUCCUUACGGCGAGUACGGCGGCUGGCACAAGGUCGCCAAAGUCGACUCGCCCACCGUCACGACAACGCUGAAGAACCUGGGCUCCCUUUACCGCCGCCUCGGCAAGUACGAGGCGGCCGAGACGCUGGAGGACUGCGCCAUGCGCUCCAGGAAAGACAGUGGGCCCCCGCCGAGGCCGUUUUCAGGCUUUGCCGAGUCGCGCACCGGCAGUUCGUCCACGUCGAGCCUGGACCAGAUUGCCGAGACGCCGUUGCUGGCCGCGACGACGACGACGACGACCUCGACGACGUCUACGACGAUGACGGCGGCGACGACGUCGACUGCGUCCCCGGUCGCGUCGUCUCCGGCCGGCCUCAAGAACAAACUCCUGCACGCGCUGGGGAUCCAGUCGUGAGAGCGCGUGUUUUUCAUACAUCUGCCGGAAAGAAAAGAGAGAGGCCCGGGGCGUGUUUCGUUGUUUUUUUUUUUAUUAGACCAUUAUUUCAGUUUCCGGUUGUUUGGUCAUCAUUCUUUGUUUGUUCGUUUUCUUUUGUUCCGCUUCCUCCUCCUCGAUCGUCGUCGUCGUCGUCAUCAUGCCUUGCAAAUUACACUUGCGAUGCCAAAAAAAAUGAGCGAGCUCUGUUGGAAAGUUGCUUCGUUGGCGAUUGUGACGAGCCCCAUGGAACGUACAUUUUCAUCUUACUGUAGGGAUAAUUUGCGCAUUGUCUACAGUGAUGCACAUGCUCUGAAAUUCAAAUAAACAUCUGAUCAUGAAUUUCAACGAUUGUUCAGCGCAAUCUCUGUGAGGUUCACGUGGUGUCGUAUUGUUCCGAGAAUAUGACCAAUUCAGAAAAUGGAAAUUAGUACGAUUUUUGUGCGAUUAGUUCAGUUUUUACAGUAUUAUGAAAGUCCUGCUGUUUCUGAAAUUUAAGCCUUCGUCGAAAUCACUAAUGUACCAAGGUUGGUGUGUAAGUUUUGCCUGUCUUGUGCUUUCCUUUCUAUUGAAUCAAGGAGAGACAUAAUUUUCACGAAGGAUUAAUUGAUGAUUUCCUGGCCGAUUUCUGAUCACUUAGAGGUAGAAAAACACAACAAAUUUAACGAAGAUUGUUUAAUAUGAAAAUGUAAGUAAAAUGAGGGAAAUUAAAAAAUUUUAAUUAUUGAAAACGCUUCUGAGCGACACUGUUCGGGAUUAACGACCAUGUUACCGUGAAAAACCCGUUUCUUUUUAUAGUUUUCAUGUUAUUGAUUGUGAGUCUGACGCUCGUCGUAGAAAAAUAAUGUAGCGAGUUUUUUUUUUUUUGCCCAUUGAGGAAAAUUUCUAGCAUAUAAUAAUGGUACAUAAUGGUUUUCCGUAUUGUGCUUCCAUUGCGGAUAGAAAAUUAUAUUUCGGAAGUUCUGGCGGAUGGACACGUUUUUUUUAUCUUAGUUUGUUCAAUCCGCACAGUCGCCAAGGAAACCACUUUUUGAAUUCUCGUUCGCUUUGCACAAUUUGGCUGGAUGCUGAUUUUUUUUUAUACCGCUGCCUUCGUUUUUUAGCGGAGGAGGAAGCGAACCUUUUUUUUUUGAGCUGACUGUGAUAUUGUAAAUAUUUAAGAUGGUUUCCAUAUGUCUUCCUCGUCUUUUUCCGCCCCCCGAAGAUAGUAUUUAUUUCGCUGUUCGACGCUCGGUUGUAAACCGUCGUAAUCCCGCCGAUAAUUUGGGAGUGGAACCUCGUUGUGACGAUUAGUUUUGACUUUUGAGCUUGCGAUGAAUGGUUUAUUUUCGCUGGAAGACAAUUUUUUAUAUAGAUUGCGAAGAAUAACUUGCAAAGUGGUUUUUUUCCCUUUUGUUGUUCACGGUCAACACGAUUCGGUGUUUUUCAUGGUUGGAAAGUGAUGGUUCAGAAUUAAUGAGGCGAAAUCUUUAUGACGAGGUUUUACUUUUGCAGAGUGGAAGUUGUAGUGUCAAAGGUGCUUAAUGCUUGCUUGCAAUCGGCCGGCCGUUAUUCCAGUCGGGUGCGUUUUUAAUGGUUAAACGAAUAAAGCUCUCUAAACAAUGGAAA